GGUUGGUGGUAGAUGUAUCAGUCUGUAUCAGAGAUUAAAUUGAUGAAUCUAAUUCCACCAUAAAUGGUGAUAUUUUAACUUUUAACGAUUUGGAAUAGAUUUGUAGUUGAAUAUAACUAUCUUUAAUCUAUUUUUGCUGCCAAAAUGAUAAAGAAUGAAAAAUAAUGGACAAUCAACUUGAUUUUUAGUAGGAAUCACUAUACUCACAGGAUAAUUCCAGAAUAUCAUCAUGAUUGUCCACCCUUUCAAUAACAUCUAAUGAUUUAUUUCCUUUGAUAUAGGUAUAUUCACCCACCCCAUACUAUUACUAGUUACCAUCACACUAUAUAAAAUGUGGUCGUGUGAACUUUACCAAAAAUAUAGGUGUAAAGACAUCUCAUUCAAUAAAAGAAAAAAAAUUUCAUUUAUAUGUUAAAGGGAAGAACCAUAUAUAUAUAUCAUUACAUAAAUAUAACUUAAGUCAAGAUGCAUUUAAUGUAUACCACCGGUGCCGAUGGCAAAAGAAUCUAUACCUUAAAGAAAUUAACUGAAGAAGGUGAAAUCACCAAAUCUGCUCAUCCAGCUAGAUUUUCUCCAGAUGAUAAAUAUUCAAGACAAAGAGUUACUUUAAAGAAGAGAUAUGGUUUAUUACCAACUCAAAACUAAGGAAAUGGGAAUAAUGUAUGAUUGAGUAGAGAAGAGGGUGUUAUUAUUAGAAGAGGUUUUUAUCAUUAUGAUUAUUAUGUUUAUUUAUUACUAUGGUACAGAAUAUUUAAAGAAUAAGAUACUUUUCAUCUAUGAAUUAUUAGACUAUUAAUGUUUGUGAUUGGUCUUUUCAAAUGUUAAUAUUAUCCCAAACCCAUCUUUGAAAUCAAUCAGAAUCAAAGUUAUAGCAUGUGUACAAUAUAUUAUAUAAAAUAUUUUUCAAUUUAAUAUAAAAAAAUAGGAUAAAAGUGAUAUUAUGAAUGUAGACUCAGCUAAUGAAUGUGAAUAUGGUGACAAUUUGAGUAAUAGAGAGUAGACUUCCAGAGCUACUCCCUUGUAUCACCUAAGGAUCUCCAACACUUGUAGUUAAUAGUAUCUUAUCGGUGAAUGAUAUGAAAUAGUCACUUAUAAUGGAUCUUUUUUUUGACCGGUAGUUUCUAAAUU